UUUACAGCACCAUUAUUUAGUAUGCCCUUAAAACCGUAAUAUUUUUUAAAUAAUGAGUUUUUCUGCAGAUAUUUCGUGCACUGGUUCGUUUCUAUAAACACAUUAUUGAGUUUGCGACAUAGGAGACACCAUAAUCCGAAGGUCGAUUUUGUUAAAAAAAAUAAAUGUUUAAAAAUGUCAGGUUAUAAGAGAGUAAAUUUUUAUGAAUUAUGCCGGCUAUGUGCUACAAAUCAACAAAAAGAAAAAACGCAUAUAUUUCACGAGCAAGGAAGGAAAAUACAAUUACAAAAUAAAAUACAAAGUUGCCUCUCUUUAAAGGUCUGUGAAAACGAUUUCCUACCAAAAGUAGUAUGUUCACAAUGUUUAAAUACCUUGGAAGAAUGUUACACAUUUAAAAAAGAAUGUCAAACCUCAGAAACUAUGCUUUCAAGUUACUUUAAUAACUUUAGGUAUACAGAGGAUUUUAAGAAGUCUGGGAAGGUUUAUAUCAAAGACACAAGUUCAAAACCUAAUCCUAUCAUAACACCAUCUACAUUAAUAACAACAGUAACAACUAGUCCUAAUUCUUCUAUAUCUACUACACAAAGUGAAUCAUUAUAUGGAAGUUCAAAUUUUGUUAAUGUUGUUGACAAUUCACCCCAAGACAUUUCUUAUGUCCAUGUUCCAAACAAUGUAACAUCAAAUGCCAAUUCAAAAUGUACACUCAAGUCAGAUACGUUACAUUCAAAAGUCAUUCAAACAGCUACUAGUCAACCACAAGUUGCUUAUAAUUUAAAUGCUGUAAAUAUAGAACUACUCAAAAGUUUCCUUCAAAAUUCUGCAAAAAAUGACACAGUGGCUAAUGUGACUGUUAAUGCAAACGGUGAGAUAAUAGGUAUUGGUCCAAUAGUGAAUUUUGAUGCACUUUUGGCACAAAGUAAUGCCCUUUUAUCACAAAACAACACUCAAAAACUCCAGAGGAAUGUAGAACCAUCAAAUAAGCCAAUAAUUCAUGGAAGAAAGAGAUCAAAGAAUCUAGAUUCACAUCAGAAAAGGCCUGACAAUAGUUAUUUAGAAGAUUCCAUUAUUAAAAUAGACUUAACUGAAAGUGAACCUCAACAUUUGGCAACCUGUGGAGAGCCCAAAUCAAGUACGCAGCUAAAUAAAAUUGCCUAUACAUAUAAAGCAAAUGAUAGUUACAAAAAUUCCACAAAUGCAGUAAUUUCUGUACCUGACCUAAAUCCUACACAACUUGUUCAGAAGUUCAUCAAUUCUAGUCAUAUACCUCAGGUAAAUAAGUUGCCCGAAAAUGAACCUAAUCAACAAGUUUUCUCAACCAAUUCAAACAUUGGUUAUGCUUCUCAUAUCAACACUAGCAGUAUUAAUGUAAUGUCGAACAUCAGCUUGCAAAAUGUAAAUUUAAAUGCCAUAAACAUUCCUUCGAGUUUAAGUUCAAACAAUUUAAACUUCAGCUCGAAUCUUACAAACAUGAACGCAAACACAAAUGCGAGUUACAACCACAAUAUCAAUCAGCAAUCUUCCACUAACAAUUUAGGACAAAACAUUACAAAUACCUCCGUUAACAUGCACCAAAAUGGUAUAUCUAAAGUUCAAAAUGUUGUUCAUCGUAAAAGUUACAGUAUGAAUUCAACAGCACCAAAUAGUAAUGGUUUGAUUAACAAUUUAGAUCUUAAUGCACAUAUAGAUUCUGCUACUUUGGAAAAGGGUGCUUUUGCACCUGCUAUGAACAUUCUAAAUAUGAAUUUAACUUCAGCCAAUGCCAAUCUACUGAAUAACUUAAGUUUGGCUGGUAUGAACAGCCUCUCAAACAUAUCAAAUACAAACUUAAACGUUAAGUCAGAAGAAGAAAUUCGCACCAGUACCAGUAAUUCAUCUGUGCAUAAUAUGACUAAUAGUAUACCAUCUAUUAUCCAUAAUACCACGUCAAACGCAAAUAUGAAAAAUCAAAAUUUGGCCAUGAACCAUUCUAAAGUGAAUGGCAUUUCAUCCACAAAUGUCAUCCAUAUGGGUAAUCAAACUGUAAGCACCCCCAUUGAAAAUGUCAACAAUUCAUUAGACUUGGGUACAAAUAGUGUGGUGACUUCAGCGAACAACCAGUCGAAUAUAAGUGGAGCUAAUUUAACUCCACCCACAUCAACAUCAGUUAUGACAACAGUACAGAAUGAUAACUUAGUGAAAAGUCACACUUGUGAAAUUUGUAAAAAAACUUUUAAAAGGAAAGAGCAUUUAUUUCAGCAUGUAAAAUUGCAUACAGGUUUUCGACCGUUUCGAUGCGAUAAAUGCAAUAAAUGUUUCAUGCGAAAAGAGCACCUGUUACGACACAUGACAGCACACAGUGGCGCAAAAAAUUUCACAUGCGAUAUAUGCGAUAAAUGCUUUUCUAGAAAUGACAAUUUACUGAAACAUAAAAAAACACACGAAAAACAGUCGAAAUUUACUUGUCAGGUUUGCCAAAAACAUUUUGUAAUGAAACACUACUAUCUGGCCCACAAACUCACCCAUGAAACAGACAGAUGUAAUCUUAAUCAGUUAUGGGGGGUCCUAAAGGCUUAACUUUAGAAGUAUCAGACAAAUUAUUUAGCAGUUACAACCCCAAAGUUUAUUUUUCUAUGUAUGAUGAUUGUGUUUAUUUUAUAUAUUACCUAUUUUAGAUUACUAUUCAAAAUCGUAUCUAGUGUUUAUAACGUACUAAGCAUUUCACUUUAAUAAAUUUGGUAGGACACUUUCGUAUUUGGGGCCACGCUUAGCAAGGGGUGUGAUACCUCGAUGAAAGCCUAACAACACUCGUUGAUAUUACAUAUAUCUCCAUCAUUAUUUAUUGUAUGGCAUUAGUUAGUGUGGUAAAUAGCCAGUUAGAUUUGCGAUUCGAUCACGGGACCUAUAACUUUACAUACAAGGCGCUACUGAACUGUGAUGGAAGUUAGGUCAAUAUUGCUAUUCUUGCUAUUCUAAGUUAAUUUAAGUCAUUUCAUGCUCUGUAUUAUUGACCAUUAAACAAUUUUCACGUACAUUUUCUACAAUAAAGGGGUAACACUUUUUGCAUAAAACUUUUUAAUCAGCGCUUUCUUUUAUGACCAACCUUUACAUUUGUGUUUCUAUACUCAUGAAACCGUUGGGGGGGGGGGGUAGUAUACAGAAAACCUCCACGAGGUGUCAGUUAUGUUAGUGUGCGCCGCCCCAAAUACUAAUAUUCUGCCAAAUUUUGAUUUAGCAUGGAUAAUAUUUAUCUAUUUACACAAACAUAUAUUUAUAUUAAUCAGUUUGAAGAAACAUUAAACAAGUUAUAGCGAAACGAAUAACAAUAAUUUCAAAAAUUACAUCAGCAAGUUCAGUAGUUCGUGUGAAUUUAUUGUAGAGUGUUAAAAGUAGCACUCUAUAAGUUUUCCUGUAAAUAGCAGAAACCGAACAGGAGAUCUUAUAUUUUUGUUUUAUUGAACUGAAUUAGUCCAUUUACAUCAGCUAGUUAAAAUGUAAACUGUCCUAUCUCUUCAUCUUAGUUGUAAACCAAAGAAACGAUUGAGAAAAGCUUUUAGUGUGAUCGUUGUCUUAUCAAAAGCUUACAAUUUGUUAAAGCAGAAUAUAAUGUAAAUAUAACAGUUUGUAUUUUAACUGGCUGCUGACUGAUCAAUGAGAAUUAUCUAUAAUAGAAUGAGUCAGAACCACUAGAGAUGUACUUUAAAUAUAAAAGUGUUAGAGGUCAAAUAUGUAUAUUUGUUGUUUUUUUUGUUAAUGUUAUUUUUGUUUAUUUUUUGACAUUUAAGAACUAUUUAUCAGUAUUAUAUCCAGAAUAUACAAGAUAUUUUUCUAGUUAUUAUUUUUUCAUGUAUUCAUUCAUGGUCUUAACAUUCAAAAAGUGUUUAUUAUUAUGUACACACAAGUACAGUAAAUUUUAUCAGAUUUAAACUAUUUGGGAACUGGUUUUCAAAAUUUCCUUUAUUGUUGACUUUAAUCAAUGAAAAAUCGGGAUUCAAGGUUCAACUGGGUAAUAAUGUAUCAUGUAUUAAUAAUUGUUAAACCAAAGUAGGUGAAAUGAAUAUUUUGAGAGUAUAACGUAUUUCUUGAGCCUGUAAAU